AUGGCCGCCUCUGGCUGGGUCAGCUACACGGAGAUGUGGUGCCGCCUGGCUCCCAAGGGUGCCACGCCCUUGGCCGUGCACAUCCUGGGGCCCAACGGAGGGGUGGAGCUCUUGGAGGUGCCGUGGGUCAUCAGUUACAGGUCGCCGACCAUCGACAACUUCUCGCAGCCCACGCUGCAGAUCAAGGACGGGGGCCAGAUGUACAUCAUCGGCACCAACUUCCCAGACUUCCAAGACGACAGCGGCGUUCUCACCUACGAGUCUGGUGAGGAUGGAGCUCGGCGGCUGAGGGAGCUACAAGGCAUCAGCACAAGCGAGGUGUGCACCAACCUGGUCCGGGUCAACGAAACCCAUCUCCUUUGCGAGCUGAAGCCGAGGAUCGAUCUGACUCCUGCCCGGUGUCGGGAUGUGGAGAUUGUGGUGGCCUGGGGCAGCCUGAAGACGCACAUGCAAAGCGUGCCGCUGCGCUUGCCAGAGCCGCUGAUCUCGGAAGCGCAUGAUGUGACGCCAAACCAGCCUUGGCCAGUGGAGGUGGGGGAAGCGAUCCUGUACCGCCUGGAGGGGCUGAACUUCGGGAACUGGGAGAACGGGAAGAUCCAGGUCAUGGUGGGCGACCGUACCUGUGCUGUCUCUGGCCGUGAAGACACCAAUGUCCUUUGCACCACAGCAGGCCCGCUGCGCGACGAUUUGCAGGAUCUCUAUCCAGAGACCCCGGAGAACAACAGCUUCGGUGACGUCGAAGUGGUCAUCCCGAUGCCUAUUUGGCUGACAAUGGGGGCAAGCGCCACCGAAGCGUCAGAGGAUUGCGAGCCUUUGGCGGCCAAUUGGAGCUACCAGGUCCGACUGAAGUCUUGCCCGGCGGGGCAGUUCCGGCAGAGCCACCGCAGCGACACCUGCGCGGAGUGCAGCCCUGGCCACUUCUCCCCGGUGGCAGGACCUUUCCUCAGUUGCCUGGACUGUGGCGAGGCCAGCUAUGCCAACCUCCCGGGAGCCUUUGCGUGCCUGGACUGCCCGGCCGGGAGGUUGACGGGAAAGAACGCCACUGCCUCCGCGCUGGACUGCAAAUGCGCCCCAGGCCGCUUCCUGGCGCAAGCGCCGCGGCGGGCGGAGCUGAGCGUGCUGGAGGCGGUGAAGCGGAAUGCGGCGGAUUUCUUGGGCUCCUACCAGUUGGAGCCCUGUGAGAGCUGCCCCACCGGCUCCACCUGCGCAGGUGCUUUGGCUCCCCCAGUGGCGAACCCAGGGUGGUGGAUGAUGAGCGGGGAUUUACCCGUGCGCUGCACUUUGGGGGGCUGCCUGGGGAACAACACCUGCGCCCCCGGCUACGAUGCCAGGACUCGCUGCGAGACCUGCACAGUGACCUUCUACAUGGAUCUCAUGGAGAGUGCUUGCAAGCAAUGCGAAGACUGGGUAGCGUUCUUUGCGAUCAUCUAUGGCUGCGCUGCCUUCGUUUUGCUGUUUGGCUUCGUGUUCCCCUUCAUCUCUUGGAAGUCUCGGGUGGCGCUGGACCCAGGCAGAGGCGUGGCGCCUCCGAAGCUGUGCUUCGGGCUCUGCCACUGCUGCCUGCGGCGCUUCGCGGCGCGGCGGCGGCUUCUGCGGGCAGACUACGUAGACAUGAGCCAGUACCAAGACCAGUUGUGGAAGCGGACCCGACGAGUGCUGCAGAAGAUCCGAGUGCUCUACCACAGCCCCAUGCGGCGGCUUGUGGAAGGUGCAGAGCUGCAGCCGCUCGUGAAUAUCCUGCUGAACAAUGUGCAGACCUUUGUCCUCCUCGCAAACAUCGGCUACAGAAGCUGGCCAGCACCUACCAAGUUCAUCUUGGACUUGGGCCUCCUGAUGGUGAGCAACGUGGAGUCUCUCCGGCCUGCCUGCGUAGCGCCUAUUGGGGCCGACGGCCGGUGGUACCUUCUCUUCUCGUUGCCCUACCUACUGUAUGCCAGCUGCAUACUCUUCGUGCUAUGCCGGCAGAGGGAGAGCUCCCGGCGGCGCCGGGUAAUGCUGAUGAUCAGCGGAGGCUUUACCUUGUAUCUCUCGCCGGUGUUUCUGCUCACCGCGGCCGCGGUCUUCGAUUGCGUGGACUCGGGGGAUGGGUCGCGGGUGCUGGAUCUGGACCGCAGCAUUGUGUGCUGGGGCGACGGCGUUUGGAAGCAGAUGUUCGCUUUGGCAGAUGUGCUGCAGUUCCUGCUGCUGGCGCUGCUCCUGGCCUUCGUCGGCUUCUCCGUGUAUCGAAGCUACAUGUGGUACCGAGUUGCGGAAGUGGGCAUGCAGCCGCCCUCCGCGGUCUUUCUGACCUGGUGGUGGCUCGCUGGCUCCAGAGGCAUCUCAUUGAAGCACCGUGCGGCAAUUCAGGGCUACAAGGUACAUCUGGACCUUCCCAGCAACUUGACGCAGGCGUCCGAAGUGAGCUCUCUUUGCGAUGACCUGCUCCUCCAGAACGUAGGCAACCUGAAAAGUGGCAUCGAGCGGCUCAAGGACUACUUGCAGGGCUUCAGAGUGGACGAUGUCGACGCGCUCAAGAGACCGCGCCGGAGGGGCCAGAACGUUUGCGAGCACUGCCAGGGGUGUGGUAAGUCGAUGCACGACAAGCACCAGCACCAGCACCAGCACGUCGAGGUGGGCUGCGGCUUCUGUGGCCGCGGCAAAGAGGAUCCCUGGCAGAUGCGGAGCUCCAUGCGCAAGGCCGCGUACAGCCGCCUGAGCCUUCGUCUCGAGCAGCUGCUGCUGCAGCUCAGGACCAUGAGCUCCUUCUCGGAGACCAGCGCGAGUCUGAACGACCUCUUCGCCUUCAUGUGGGAGCUCCUGGUGUUGGUGCACAAGACCUCCCUUGGCACGGUGCGGCUGCUGGUGAGCCAGGAUGCUCGCUCGGGUCUUCAGAUCUCGCUGCUCCUUUGUGUGGCGUACCUGGGUCUGGCACUGGUGGUGAAGCCCUACCGUCACGAUGGCCUAAACUGGUUGGAAGGCUACUUUGCUGUCAUGAAGGUGGUAUUGGUGUUCACAAUGGUUCAGCUGGAUGACUACGGCGAGAAUACCAUCGUCACAGUCUUUUGCAUGACCUUGGUGGCGCUGGCCUUGGCAUCGGUGCUGCUGAUGCUCCCGGCCUGGGGCUUCUACGCCCUGUGGCGCAGCGCCUUCACGGAGUCCUUCUACGUCAUGGUGACCGAAGAGGUGCAGGGCCAGAACUGGCGGGGCCCCAGCUCGCCGCGGGAGGACAAGGAUGCAGAUGCAGAGGUGGCAAAGAGCUCGGACCUCGCCAACCCCGUGGUUACCCGAGUGGUGCGCUCCAGCGACGAGCUGCUUGCUGGGGAGCCACUGGCGGCACAGUGGUGUUUCCGCUGCCCCCAGGCCAGCGAGAAAUCGGAGUACAAGGACCAUUUUAGCGAAGCAAGCGCUGCGCAACGGGUGGAUCUUACCCUGGAGCAGAUUGAAGAGCACAAGCUGCAGGGUAUGUCCAUCUCCGUGCGGGAGCCGUCCUUGUUGCUGCACCUCCUGAACAGCUACGGAAACCCGGCAGGGCGGCCCAGAGCGCGGCUGCUGCUAAGCGCCGCAAUCUUCGCCGGGUUUUUGGGCCUGCAAAGCUCCUUCCUGACCAUCGACUCCCGGCCAAGGGAGACGCCUGUGACGCCCACGCCGGCCUUGCGGGGCCCGUCCUUCGCACAGGGCCCGGCGGCUGCGCGAGACACGGCCAUCUCAUGGACAACGGCUCUGCCGGCGCUGCUGGCGGUUGGGGCUGUGGUCGCCAUGGCGUCGCGGGUGACCUGGGGCAAGCUGCACGCCCACACCUUCGGCAAGCACCGGCUUCGCAAGAACAAGGCCCGCCGGAUCCAGCAGAUUAAGAAUGGCACCUUCGACCCAGAGAAGGUUGUGCAGAGGGGGCAGCCGGAGCCAGAGCACCCUUGGGACACAGACAACCUGCUAGAGAAUCCCAUCUACUACUCCCCGGACUACGUCAAGGAGGUGAUGUACCAGUACUGGGACGAGCAGAAUGAGGCGAUGCGGAAGAAGCACAAGGAAUACAUGGGCAUCAAAGGCAAUCAGAGAUUCUUUAAGAACUGGACUCCCGCGUAG